AUGUUGGUGGAGCCAAUGGGGAAGGACAGCUUCAAGCAGAUCGAGGAGGAGGUUGACUCGGACCCGAUCAAGAAGUCUGUCAGCAAGAUGACUCCAGGGGUGGCUAAGGCCGUGUUGACGGGCGUCAUCCCGAUCGCCUCUGCGGUCGGUUACCUGGCCAUGCCCGGCGGCGUUGCUGUUUCAGCCAUCGGGGCCGUGGCUUCCGGUGUCGGGGGAAACUUGGCGAGGAAGAAGCUGAAGCAGGCCAGGCAGGACUCGGCCCCUGCACAGGUGGCCGGGUUGCUGGAUGCCAAGGGCGUGGGGAACAUCACCCCGCUGGAGAUCAUGGAGUCCUUGGGCAGCUUCGGACUGGAAGGGGAGGCGGCGGAGGACAUCCUUAUCCAGAUCUUCUCCAAGUACGUGGUGGCCAUGUGCCAGAACUCAGCGACGAAGACGAGCGAGAUCAAGGAGCUCAGCGAGCUCAGGGAGACCCUCGGGUUGGACGGGCUCCUCAUGGGAGAGGCGCUUUACCAGGCAGCAUCGCCAGUGUACAGUCAGUUCGUGAUGAGGACCCCCUCCGCCGAGCUGGCAGACGAGUGGUCCCCCAACCGCCGGGCCUUGGACAAGUUCAUCUUCCUCUGCGACCGCAUGUUCGAGGUGUGCGACACCGAGGAGGCGUACUCUUUCGAGAUGAGCCGCAUCAGCAAGAUGUUCGACCUCAACCUCGGUGAGGUGAAGGAGCGCUGCGCAGCCAUCGCCAACCCCUUCUACCAGAAAGCGCUCGGCUCGGCCGCCGCGAAGUGGGAGUCGGUCAAGGCUGACCAGCUCAAGAGGGCCCGCCAGACGCUGGGGAUGGACGAGGAGGUGGCCCACGAGAUGCACAAGGAGGUUUACAGGUCGGAGGCUCUCAAGCUUGUCAAGAAGGACGGAGAGGCCCGCGACAUGAAGCUCGACAGGGCGGACAAAGCCAGGCUCGGCAAACUCGCCGCGGCGUUCGAGCUCUCCGAGGAAGACGCCACUGCGGAGUACGAAUCGGUGGUGAACCCCAUUUACGAGGAGCUGGUGGUGGAGUGCCUCGGCAAGAUCAUGAACGAACCGGAGACCUCCAAGCCGGACCUCGCCCGGACGUACGGGGAGCUGAUGAUGUUCUCCGCGAACACGGGUCUUCGUUCGGAAAGGGCGGAGGAAUCUCUCCGCAACAUCAUGACGGCCAGCGUGCAGUACAUGUUCGAAGACGCUGCUCAGUACGUCCGUGUGGCCAACCAGAAGGAGGGCGCUAAGGCCGCUCGCGGCAUGGCAGCGUUCGUGCAGUCGACCUUGGACAUGGUCUCCAUCAACGUGACUGACGAUGAGACGGGGGAGAAGACUUACAACUUGGUCAUCGGGGGGUCCGUUAUUUCUGGAGAAUCGUACAGCGAUGCCCCUGGACUGUACGAGAUGUUCCUCAGCUCAUGCUUCGCCCAAUCUGCGAUGGAGGAAGGCGACACCGAGACGAUCGCGCUCCUGGCCAAGCUGCUCGAAAUCGACGAGCUGCGACAGGUCAAGGCGUACCGUGAUGCGGCGGGGCCCCGCGUGCUCCGCCAGCUGACGGAGAGCGUUCAGUCUGGCCUCGAGACGGGCGUUUUCCCUCAGGAGGCCAAGGACGCCAACGAGGCCCUCAUCGAGAGCUUCAAGAUCCCGUACGUGGUGAUCGCGGAGCAAGCGAAGGACCUGUACAAGAAGACCCUCACCGCCUACGCCGGCGGCAACCGCAUCAUCACGGUGGACGAGAAGGACAGCCUCGACAAGAUGGCCGAGUUCCUGUCCAUGGACUCCUCUGCGGUCGAUGAGAUCCACGCUGAGAUGUGCUCCACCACGUUCCAGAAGGCAGUGGCCGAGUCCAUGGGAGCCACCGGCGUCGUCGCCAAGGAGUACCGCUCCAAGCUCGACGAGUUGGCCGUGCGCCUGGGGCUCUCCCUUGAGUCCGCCAAGCUCAUGUUCCACGCCGCCAUCCGGCAGAGAAUGGGCCCGAUGAUGCAGCAGAUCAUGUACGAGUUCGAGCGCAGCGUGUUGAGCAAGGACCAGCUGGCGCAGAAAACUGGCAAGGACAUGGGAGAUGACGUCAUGGGAGCAGAGGGAACCUUGGGUAUCGAGGGGGGUGCGGCCGUAACCUCGGACGUGCUAGCCUUGAUCGACUUCUACGUGGACAACGGCAUCAUCGAGGAGGGAGAGGACGGAGCGGAGGACGUCUAUCCCGUCACGGCCAAACAGAUCGGCGGCAACAGCGACGAGAUGGUGGCGGCGCUGUACCAGAACUUCGUGGUGAACGGCUUCAGCGUGGAGGGGGAGCAGCUCAAGCGCUACGAGCAGGGGCAGAGCAAGCUGGCGGGCAUCCUAGGCCUCGAGGCGGAUGUGAAGAUGAAGAUCCACCGAGAGAUCGGCGGCACCGUGAUCAGGCGCUUUGUGAACCAGGAACUCGCCAAGCAGGGCAAGAUGAGCGCUCAGGGGGUCGCGUUCUUGGCCAACAUCAACUCCAGGCUCAAGAUGCCCCAAGAAAUGUUCGAGUCGAUGGUGUCGGACUGCAAGCAGGACUACGUCCGCAGGAUGGCGGACGAGCUCUUCAGAGUCAGCGUGCUUUCCGCUAAGGAGUGCAAGAGGCUGAGGACUAUCACCGAGAACUGCGGGUUUACCCUCGAGAACGAGGGGCAGCUGGGCCUGUCGGCGCGCAAGAACAUCUUCCAGAUCGAGGCGGAGGACAUGAUCGAGAACGGGGACAUGGAGGGGGACGACGGCAAGGACUUCGUAGAAGAGUUGCAGGAGUCUUUGGGCCUGACGACGGAGGACGCGCAAGACGCCCUGGUGGCGCUGCUGGAGAGCAGGUCUAAGGGCAUCCUCGAGAACGUCAAGGCUGACGCCAUCGAGAGGAGAGACGCGAACAUCCUCAAGGCCGCAGAGCGCCUUCUCAAGUACUGCCGACUGGCCGGAGGCAUGGCGGUGGAGAACGACCUCGACCAGCGGCAGCGUAACGUCAUCGUCAACGCUUACGAGGCCAAGCACGCGGGUUCCAUCGAGGAAGGGUCGGAGGGGGAGGCGGAGGAGCGAGCGAAGGUCGCAGCCGACUUGGAUUUGUUGAAGAUUGCCAUCGGAUUCACGUCAGAAUAG